UCUUCAUCCACAAAUCGAACCUGACAAAUAAUUUCAUAAUUUACUUAGCAUUGCGAGCUGCAAUCGUCAAUGGCAGAUGGACUGGUAUUUGACGCUGCUUGGAAGCUCUUGGAAUUGUUGGGAUCCCGAGCUUUUCAAGAAGUCGAACUGGCCAGUGGAGUCGGUGACGAGAUUAGAAAGCUCAAAGACACUGUCGAAACAAUCAAAGCCGUACUUCUUGAUGCCGAAGAGCAGCACAACAAAAAGAACCAUCAAGUGACGCUUUGGCUUCGGAGGCUGAAGGAUGCUUUUUACGAUGCCGAUGAUUUGUUGGACGAUUUUGCCGGGGUACUGAAGCAACAAGAGGCGACAAGUGAGGUGCGGAUUUUCUUCUCUAAAUUUAAUCAGAUUGCAUAUAGUCUUAAAAUGGCGCACAAAAUUAAGACUAUUAGGAAGAGAUUGGAUGAUAUUGCAAAGGAUAUGAGCCAAUUCCACUUUCUUAAGAAUUUUGAUGAGAGGCCGAUUUUCAACAUUGGGAGAGAGCAAACGCACUCUUUUGUUCGAGAAGAAAAGGUGAUAGGGAGGGAUGAUGAUAAAAUUAGAAUAAUAGAGCUUUUGUUAGAGUCAAAUUAUGUUGAGAACGUUUCUGUUAUUCCUAUUGUUGGAAUUGGGGGAAUAGGAAAGACCACACUUGCUCAACUUGCCUAUAAUGAUGAGAAGAUUAUUAAUCAUUUUGAUUUGAGAAUGUGGGCGUGCAUAUCCGAUGACUUUGACGUGGGGUUAAUUGUAAAGAAGAUAAUUAAAUCUGUGAAUCCUAGGGAGGUAGAAAAACUUGAUAAACUUGAAAUGGAUCAACUGCAGAAAUGUCUUCGGGAAGAGAUUGAUGGAAAAAAAUACUUGCUAGUUUUGGAUGACUUAUGGGAUGAUGAGAAUCCCCAUAAAUGGAGUGAAUUGAAAGAUUUAUUAAUGGGUGGUGCACGAGAUAGUAAAAUACUUGUAACCACUCGUAAUGAAAAUGUUGCUAGGAUUACUAGUAAGUUUCCAUCUCAAGGCUUGAGAAGACUUGAUGAAGACGAAUCUUGGUCUUUAUUUAUGCAAAUAGUGUCUGAGUAUGGGAUAGAUCUAAAAUGUUCAGAACUAGUGGCAAUUGGAAAGGACAUUAUAGCAAAGUGUGCUGGAGUUCCCCUUGCCAUAAGGACAAUAGGACACUUACUCUGCAAUCAACAGACCAAAAGUGAUUGGUUGCAGUUCAGGGACAGUGAACUAUCAAAAAUAGCUCCAGAAGGAAGUGGUAUUUUACCUGUUCUUAAACUCAGUUAUGAUCAUCUCCCAUCAUAUUUAAAACAAUGCUUUGCGUAUUGUGCAUUGUUUCCAAAAGACUAUGAUAUCCCAAGGCAGAAACUAAUAUGCCUUUGGAUGGCACAGGGGUUUCUUCAUUCACCAAACAAGAAUAAAUGUCCAGAAGAUGUUGGCAACGAGUAUUUUAUGAACCUACUUUCAAGGUCAUUUUUUCAAGAUCCAGAAUAUGAUGAAUUGGGCAAUAUAACCACAUGCAAGAUGCAUGAUCUCAUGCAUGAUCUUGCACAAUCAGUUGCAGGAGGUGAAUGCACUAUGGCAACUUUGGAUGGGGAAAAUUUUAAUGAAAUAGUACAUUAUGUUUCAUUUAAAUAUUCUGACAUUGAUUUUGGUGCAUCUUGUAAAAUUCCAUCAAUAUUAUUUAGAUCAAACCAUAUAAGGGCUAUUUCUUUCCCAUGCAAUCUAUUUUUAUUUGUGGAAGAAUUGAAUCAGUCCAAUUUUAAAAAAAUGUUAUCAAGGUUCAAGUGCUUGCGUAGCUUGAACUUAAGUGGAUCAAGGGUUAGAGAGCUACCGAGUUCUAUUGGUAAGUUGAAACAUCUACGAUAUCUUGAUCUUUCUUAUAAUGUGGAUAUUAAGAAGCUUCCUACUUCGCUCACGAGGCUAAGGAAUUUGCAAACACUUGAUCUCUCUGGUUGUGGGAUUAAUGAAUUGCCUAGAGAUAUUGAAAAAAUGGUGAGUCUUAGGCAUCUUAUUGAUAAAUGUGAUGAUUUGAUUAGCAUGCCAUGCAAUUUGGGGUUAUUGACCAAACUUCAAACUUUACCAUUGUUUAAGGUAGGAAGGAGCAAUGGAUCAACUUUCCAAAAAAAUUGUGAGUUAAGUGAAUUAAAUGGGCUGAAUAGUUUGAGAGGAAAGCUAACAAUCAAGAAUUUGGAACACAUGGAAAAAGCCACGACACCAACAUUGGCCAUCUUAGAAGCGAAGCAGUAUCUUCAGUCCCUUAAAUUAAAGUGGGAGCCAAUUGAUGAUAAUGUUGUUAGUGAUGAUAGAGGAGAGGUUAGGAUUGAUGAAAUAUUGUUAGAAGGCUUGAAACCACACCCAAAUCUCAAAAGAUUGUCUAUAUUUUGUUUUGGGGGUGUGAAGCUUUCUAGUUGGCUUUCCUCCAUCACAAAUCUAACUUCAAUUAACUUAGUUGAUUGUGAGAGGUGCCAGCAUAUCCCACCACUGGAACAGUUACCGUAUCUUAAAAUAUUGUCUCUUAGGGGCUUACAUGAUUUGGAGUAUGUUUCAGAUCAAGGAAUGGAUAGUUCUUCUUGCACACCAUCAACAACAUUCUAUCAAUCUCUUAAGGAGCUCAAACUCACGGAUUGUUCUAAAUUACUAGGAUGGUGGAGGAGAGAUAAAGAUAAUGAUGAUGAUGGAGAAAUGACUUGGUUGAUUGAGCUACCUUCUUUUCCCUGUCUUUCCAAAUUAACUAUCAAUGGUUGCCCUAAGCUGACCUCCAUGCCUCUAUAUCCAUCUUUGGAAGAAUUGUAUUUGGAAGAUACCAGCUCAAAGCCAUUGCAACAAACGAUGAAGUUGGUGACUGGUGUAGCAGUAGCUCCAUCUACUUCCUCGUGUUUUUUGGUUCCUCUCUCCAGAUUAAAGUCUAUGUCAAUUGAAUGUGUUUGGGAUUUAGAAGUUUUACCAGAGGAAGGAGUGAAAAAGCUCACUGCUCUCACAGAUUUAAAAAUUGUAUCAUGCCCGACACUUUUUCAGCUGUUUCGAGGCAUAGGACACCUCAUUUCCCUCCAGAAUAUCAUUAUUCGAGAUUGUCACGACUUUUUUGAUGAGGACAAUUAUGACAUGCAAUGGCAGGGUCUUAGGAGCCUUUGUUGUUUACGAUUGUCUGGGCUUCCAGCAAUGGAGUCCCUCCCAUUGGGGCUUCAAUAUGUUGCCACUCUGCAGCAUCUCGUGAUCUGGGACUGUCAUAAUUUGCUUGUUCUACCGGAGUGGAUGUACAAUUUAACAUCCCUUGAAUAUCUUGAAAUUGUGGGUUGCCACAAUCUGAUAUUUCUAGCAGAAGGAAUGCAAUUACGAAGGUUGUCUAUUUUCGAAUGUCCCCAAUUGUCAAAAAGAUAUGGAAACCGCAGGGGUGACGGCUGGCUAGAUAUUGCUCAUAUCCCAAAUAUUAUUAUUGAUUUGAAGUUGAUUCAAAAGGAAGGCUGCUAUCUAUUGAGUGAAGAAGGAUGCUCUUCUCCUUAGCUUGACAUCAAAACUCGCUGCUAAUGUGAUUUUUGCAAUUGCAAGAAACCAAGAGAGCUGAAUUUGGGAUGAUUACUUGCUCAUCUUUAGGAAGACAGAAUUAAUGAAUUUGUCCUCAGAUCUGUGGCUUACCAAAUACCAACAAUUUGUCUAGUUGUAAUGAUCAUUCUGAAUGCUGGAGGAUUGAAUGCAUCAGUUGCUGGGUGGUUUAGGAUUGGUUCUGGGUUCAGUCAUGGCUUUUUGAUUUCUGCUGCAUGCAAAUAACCACAAUGCCAAAGGGUUCAAAACUUCAUUUCCAUUGGCCAUCUUUUUUCUACUGAAUUUUAAAAGGCAAUUCUUCAAAGAAGUCUUUACUUUGUAAGGAGAUACGCUCAUUGACCUGCAGAUGCUUUACAGUUUAAAUAAUGAACCAUGCUGCUGUUCUAGUGGAUUCCCAAUUUUCUGGUUGCUGGUCACCGGUUCCUUGUGUUGAAGGACUGACUCCUUCAACGUCUGCUAAAUUAAAUUGGUGAAUAGAUUUUCUGUAUUUAAUUUGUUGCAAACUGAACUUUGCUUAUGGUUGGCAGCUCCUGAAAUCAGGUUUGCAAGUUCUUUUGUGCCUGCCUUUCGUUGUUUCUGAACAUGAGUACUGAAAUCUACACGCAGCCAUUUGAAGAAUUUUACACGUAUUCUAUCAUUCCAGCUAGAAUGCAGACCCAUCUGAGGGGUUAUUUCUAAGAAAAUGGUGAAACAUGAAGAAAUUAAUGUUUAUGCAGCUGCUGCAAGUUGUGUCAAAAUGGUUACGGAGUACACGGCCUCUUUUCCCCACUUGCUGCGCUUGUGAACAUUGUGGACUCUCAGCUGGCCAAUUUCCCCCGUCAUAUGGCGUUCUUUUCUUGCUUUCAAUGAGGCCCGUCAAUUGGUCGGGCUAGCAUUAUUUGAUCUGAAAAGAAAAAAAGAAACAGUUUCAAA